AUCUUCCCGAGACACGGCGGAGGACCGACACUUCGAUAAUGGAGGUCGGAAGAAACACUGGCGGACGGGGUGGAGGAGAUGCGAGGCAGUGGGACGAAGAAAGCUACCGGCGUAGCAUUCUUAUCGAGAGGGAGCUUAGCUCUCGCAUUGUCUUCAGGACCGCUUUUGCUCCCUCCGUAAACCCUAAUCCUGAAAUCGUACUCGUGGCAGCUAGCGAUGGAUCUCUGUCAGCCUAUUCAAUCGCGUCCUGCAUCGCUUCCUGUCCACGGCCUAUGCUUUGUAGCAAGGAGACCGAUCAAAAGGUUGCACCUGUAGUUUUGUCGGCUGGUCCACUUUGCUCCAUUCAGGCACACAAAGGCCCAACAUAUGACUUGAAGUUAGAUGGAAAUGACGAGGACGCUCUACUCCUGAGUUGUGGUGAUGAUGGCUACAUUAGGGUUUGGAAGUGGGCAGAAGUUCAUAUGGCUGCAGUUCAGGGGUCACAUAAAGGUGAAAAGUUGCGGCCAAUACUGGAGUUAGUGAACCCUCAAAAGGAACGUCCAUGGGGUGCGCUUUCCCCAAUUCCAGAAAACAAUGCCAUCGCUGUGGACAAAGAGGAUGGAUCUAUUUUCUCAGCUGCUGGCGAUUCCUGUGCUUAUUGUUGGGAUAUGGAGACAGGCAAAAAGAAAAUUGUAUUCAAGGGGCACUCAGAUUACCUGCACUCUGUUACUGUGCGUAAAUCCAACAAUCAGAUUAUUACUGGUUCUGAAGAUGGCACUGCGAGGGUAUGGGACUGCAGAAGUGGAAGAUGUGCUCAUGUUAUAGAUCCUCAGAAGAGCUUCAAGUUGAAGGAAUCUACCUGGAUCAGUUCAGUGGCACUUGAUAAUAGUGGAAGUUGGCUUGUCUGUGGAACUGGUAGAGGUUUAUCAGCUUGGAACCUAAUCUCAUAUGAGUGUAUUUUCAGCUUCGAUAGCCAUUCCCCAAUCCAAGAUCUAUUGUUUCAUGAUAAUCAAAUUCUGGCAGUUGGUUCUGAACCUGUGCUAAGAUGUUUCAAUAUUAACGGGAAAAUUCUUUCUCAAGUCCAUUGCGCUCCUUUUUCAGCGUUUUCUAUUUCUGUGCAUCCUUCAGGAGUCAAAGCAGUUGCUGGUUAUGGUGGACUGGUGGAUAUUAUCUCAGAAUUUGGCAGCCAUCUUUGCAUAUUCUGCUGUAAAAGCGCAGACUCUCUUUAAUAAUCUGAAUCCGAUUAUUAGAAAGCCUUUCAUAAUUGCUUGGUGAACUGCUGCUUCCGUUCCACCAGACGUCUUUCCUACUUUUUCUCCAUGGAGAAAAAUUUGAUCCUCGCCAGGCUAUCUUAGUCCUAUGCCUUUUUUCUACAAAUCUCAAAAUAUUUGGGGUUUGUUUGGAACAACACUUUGUUUGCGUCACUUCACCACCAUCACAACUAUAUUUGAGGAAUUGUUUUAUUGUUACUUUCUUUAAAUUUCUAUGGUGGAGUACUAUCUGUUUAACAUUUGUGACUGUAAGGAAGUUUUCUGAUCUCUUAGAAAACAAUAAAUAUUUAUAAUUCACAUCAUAAUUUUUUAUGAUGUUAUUUUCACCAUCAUAGUUUUAUAAACAAUUUUUCAAGAAGUUGCAACUGUUCCAAACGGAUCUUAGACUUCUGUUCAAACUUCACUUGGUCGGAGAAUUACACCUCACGGUCUUCUAUUGGUGGACCCUCCUUUGUUGUAUUAUUUUAUUCUGUAUCGGUAGAUCUCAUGAUCAAUGCAGCCUUUCUUUUGAUGUAUAACAUACCAGCCAAUUCUUAUGUAUUUACUUAUCUAAUUCCUAAAUUUUACCUUUCACAUUUAUACCAUCCGAAUUUUUU